AUGCUACAUUUUCCAGCAGAAAUCACAAACGAAUUUGAAGUUGUAGAUGACAUUAACUUUGGAUUCUUUGGAGUUGUCUACAAAGUUAGAAGGAUUGGUAAUAGCUAUUUAGCUGACAAUAAGAUCUAUGCAAUGAAAACUGUUGUAAAGAAGUAUGGAGAUGCUAAGAGCUGAAAAGAUGUGGAAACAGAAAUUAAAAUUCUUUCUGAGCUGAAUAACCCAUACCUUCUCCACUUAGAAAGGAGAAUUGACCAAGACAAUAAAGUUUACAUGAUUAUAGAUUACUGUGAAAACCACUGAUCUGCUUAA